GUGGGCGGGGCAUCUCGAUCGGGGAUGAGCUUUAAACAUGAGAGCAUAACCUUAGGGUUGUGUUGUCUAGCAUAACAGUCCGUUUCGAUCUCAAAAAGCACUUCCAGCGGCGGGGGUGUAUGAGGAGCAUCAGAGUAAAGAGUUUUACCUCGAUCAGGUAGCAAAGGAGGUGAAAGUAGGAGUGGAAGAGGGGGGGCUGUGGUUGGAUUUAGUGAAAGAAAACAAUAUGGCCGCGGUGGAGCUGGAAUGGAUCCCUGAGACCCUGUACAACACCGCUAUCUCAGCCGUGGUCGACAACUACGGCCGAUCGCGACGGGACAUCCGCUCUCUGCCUGAAAAUAUACAGUUUGAUGUGUACUACAAGCUUUACCAGCAAGGCCGGCUCUGCCAGCUGGGAGGGGAGUUCUGUGAGCUGGAGGUCUUCGCUAAAGUCCUCAGGGCCUCUGACAAAAGGCAUCUCCUACACCACUGCUUUCAGGCUCUAAUGGACCACGGUGUGAAGGUCGCUUCAGUCCUGGCCAACUCCUUCAGUCGCCGAUGUUCAUACAUCGCAGAGUCAGAUGCGCAUGUGAAAGAGAAAGCUAUACAGUUUGGCUUUGUUUUAGGUGGCUUUUUAUCAGAUGCCGGUUGGUAUGGAGAUGCAGAGAAAGUCUUCCUGUCUUGUCUCCAGCUGUGCACAUUACACGAUGAGGUUCUUCACUGGUAUCGAGCAGUAGAGUGCUGUGUGAGGUUACUUCAUGUGCGUAAUGGCAACUGCAAAUACCACCUGGGAGAAGAAACUUUCAAACUGGCCCAGUCUUACAUGGACAAACUAGCCAAACACGGCCAUCAGGCUAAUAAGGCUGCCCUGUAUGGAGAACUAUGUGCCCUACUCUUUGCCAAAAGCCACUAUGAUGAGGCUUAUAGGUGGUGUAUAGAGGCUAUGAGGGAAAUCACAGUUGGCUUACCAGUGAAAGUAGUAGUCGAUGUUCUCAGACAAGCUUCUAAGGCUUGUGUUGUUAAGCGAGAGUUUAGGAAAGCUGAACAACUGAUAAAACAUGCAGUCUUUUUGGCACGGGAACAUUUUGGGCACAAGCACCCAAAAUACUCAGAUACACUACUAGAUUAUGGAUUUUAUCUCUUAAAUGUGGAUAAUAUCUGUCAAUCAGUGGCCAUUUACCAGACUGCACUAGAUAUUCGACAGUCAGUGUUUGGAGGAAAGAAUAUUCAUGUUGCAACUGCACAUGAGGACCUGGCGUAUUCAUCCUAUGUCCAUCAGUACAGCUCUGGUAAAUUCGACAACGCACUAUUCCACGCAGAACGUGCCAUAGACAUCAUAACUCACAUUCUCCCUGAAGACCAUCUGCUGCUGGCCUCAUCCAAGAGGGUGAAAGCCCUAAUCCUGGAGGAGAUUGCCAUUGAUUGCCAUAACAAAGAAACCGAGGAACGCCUCCUGCAGGAGGCCCAUGAUCUGCACCUCUCUUCCCUGCAGUUGGCCAAAAAAGCUUUCGGAGAGUUCAACGUUCAGACGGCAAAACACUAUGGGAACCUGGGCCGCCUCUACCAAUCCAUGCGCAAAUUUAAGGAGGCAGAGGAGAUGCACAUCAAGGCCAUUCAGAUCAAGGAGCAGCUGUUAGGACAGGAGGACUAUGAGGUGGCUCUGUCAGUGGGACACUUGGCCUCGCUCUACAACUAUGACAUGAAUCAGUAUGAUGAUGCAGAGCGCCUGUACUUGCGUUCCAUCGCUAUUGGCAAGAAACUGUUCGGGGAGGGCUACAGUGGAUUGGAAUAUGACUACAGAGGCCUGAUAAAACUGUACAACUCAGUUGGAAACUACGAGAAGGUCUUUGAGUACCACAAUAUUCUGUCCAACUGGAACCGUUUAAGGGACAGGCAGUUUGCAGUAGCCGAUGCGCUGGAGGACGUCAACACGAGUCCCCAGGCCACAGAGCAGGUGGUGCAGUCUUUCCUGCUUUCCCAGAGCCACGGAGCUGGACGCCCCUGCUUGGGCUAACAGCCAGGAAGCCCACCAGAAACAUAGAUGUGCACUCCCACCCCCAUUUUGCACCCUCACAUCCAUUUAUUCAUUUAAGUAGUCGGGACAGGCGGGGAGUGUGAUUUAUUAUCUUGAGCUUGAGCUCAAGGACUGUCAAUUCACUUGUACCAGCAACUCCCCAAGCCCGCUUCCUUAAAAUGGGAGAAAAACAAUAGCAUCUGUGCUACCAUGUUAUGACUCAUGAUGGAUAAGCAACCGUUCAUUGAAUUUGUUCACUCUCCUUUGAAGAACCCGACCAUUUCUCUGACUUCAAGAGGAGUUGAAUAAAACAAAGCAGAACAGUCCGACAAAGACGGAAAACUUCCACGCCCUCUAUUCUUUUUUUGAUUUUAUUUUGUAUUUGAAGGAGAGUUGCUCCACACUACAGGAAUACUUUGUUUAUCACUGCAUUGUCUAAAUGUGGAGGAAACUGCUCAACGCAGCUCCCACAGAACGAGAUUCGACGAGAAAAGGCCCAUCAUUCAUAAAGCGAGUGAAGGAACAUCCAUAGACGUCCGUGUCCCCAUUAACACCAGGAUUAGAGCUUGACUUCAUGUAAUGCAAAGCUUUGCAUUUGAGGAUUACCUGUGUGCUCUCUGGAAAAUGAGACCAGCCAUGUUACAUUAUGGACCAUUGUUUAUUUUUGCUUCUUUUUUUAUUAAUAAUUCAUGUCGCGUGUGGAAUUUACGGACCAGUGGGUUUACGAUUGCUCUAGAUACCUUGUUUUAAGUUCUUUUCUGGUUUUGUAUUCCCUUAGUACUGACAUAGCUUAUU